AUUAUUAUUCUUAUAAUGUAGGUGUUGUUUUUGUCUUGUGCCUUUAAGAAUUUGACAGACAAUUUGGCUGACAAUUUGUCUAACAAUUCCCAAAUAGGAAAGGCUGUAAAAAAGAGCGAUCCAGAUUACCACAAUUUUCCUAUUUAUUUAAUCCCCCCCUUAGUUAUAACUCUAACUUAAUUGUGUAUCUAAUUCGUAACUAUACUUAGAACUAUAGCUGUUAUGACUGUCGGGAAGAAUAAAACAAGAAAGUGGAAAACUAAAAAGGGAGGUAGUAGAAAUAGACCCUUUGAUAAAAAGGAUUGGUUUGGGAUUAAAGCUCCUGAAGUAUUAGGAGGGGCAAUUUUUGGUAGUACACCAGCUAAUAGAGGUCAUGAAACUGUUAAACAAUUAAAGGGAAGAGUUAUUGAAGUUAAUCUUAAUGAUUUGAUGUCUCAAUAUCAAUCAUAUAAGAAAUUUAAAUUAAUUAUUAAUGGAAUUAAUGGUAAAACUUGUUUAACAUCAUUUUAUGGUAUGGAACUUACAAGAGAUAAAUUAAAUUCAUUAACUGUUAGAGGUCAAUCAUUUAUUGAAGCAAAUUUAUCUGUUAAAACAAUUGAUGAUAUUUCAAUUAGAAUAUUUGUUUGUACAUCACCUAGAAAUGUAGUAGUUGGACGUAAAGGUAAACAUGCUCAAACAUCACAAAUUAAACUUAUGAGAAAUAAGAUAUUAGAAAUAAUUAAAGAUCAUGUAACUCUGUCAACUCUUGAUGAAUUAGUUAGAGAUCUUAUGCUUGAUACUAUAAUUAAACAAAUUGAAAAGAGUUCAGAAAGAAUUUUACCAUUAUAUCAUACCCAUAUUAGAAAAGUUAAAUUAAUUAAAGGUUUAACAGUUACUGCUAAUUUUCAACGUCAAAUUAAUCACUUUUCAAAUAUUGAAGAUAUUGGUGAACCUAUUCAAUUUAAUGAAGGUUUAAAUUAAUUAAGCUAUUCUCGUUUAUUUUUGCUACCCGUCGUUCCUCUAUCAAUGUUGCAAUUUCAUCAUUUCGCAUCUUCGCUAUUUAAAGGUAUAUCUAUUUUAACAUCUAUUUAUUUAUUCAUUUAUUAUACUACUUGAUUUGUAUACAAAGUACUUAUAUACAAUAACGUAUUUGUAUACAAUUCAUAUUUGCAUAUCUGCACAUGAUUGCCAUUAUUUGCUGCUAAUUUUAAAAAAGUUGAAUUGUCACUACGCUUUGUUCCCAUUGCCUUUUUCGUAUAGCCAUUUUGCGAGCAUUAAUCAUUUAGGUAGUUCGAAAUUGAG